AAUAACUCGUUACAAAUAUAGUCGGCAUGCAUCCGGGAACCGAUUCGGCGAAAGAACGAAAGUUGACACUGAUCGCCACGGCUUUUUCCCCCACCAGAAAGCAAGUGACCGCUGCUUGCUUGGUACUGCUCCUAAUCUGCAGUUACUUCAUGCCAGUGUUUUUGUCACUUGUUCGUCGAACAUUAUCUACAAUCAUGGGCGACUCGUAUGUUCCAGGAACACAUUCCAUGGCAUUUGUCACAGUCCCAGAUAUGGAUGUUGCCAGAAAGUUGUCACAUGAAAUUGUCAAACAGAAACUGGCAGCUUGUGUUAACAUUAUACCUGGGUUGACAUCAGUGUAUGAGUGGGAGGACAAAAUAAAUGAAGAUUCAGAAUUACUCUUGAUGAUUAAAACACAUACUUCAAAAGUUGAUGAACUGUCAGAGUUUGUCAGGAAAAAUCAUCCCUAUGAUGUCGCUGAAGUAAUCUCUGCAAAGAUUGACAAUGGUAAUCCACCCUAUCUCCAGUGGAUUUCAGACGUGGUUUUAUCAUCACAAGCAAAGAAGUCUAAGACAGACAGUUGAGCCUAGUACUUUAUUUCUGAACUUUGAUGAAGCAGAAAAAGAAAAGAAAACAAAAAGUGGUGUUCCAAGCUGCAUGGAGAUGAAUAUUUCAGUGACCGUGACACUAAAAAAUUUCUUUGCUAUUAAAGAUUGUGCUAUGUUCAUAUUAAAGGCAGACUAAAAAGCCAACAAAAACCUGCCUAUUUUCCAA